AUGACAACUCAGUGCAACGAUGCUCAAAGCCAACAUGCCUCUAGUCAUUCUACGCCUACAGCUAGUAUUGGACAAGAAAGCUUAAAACCCUUGCUGCUUUCAGACGCGAAGCUCCUCCUGAAUAUCCCGUAUCUACAGCAUGAAGCUGGCUACGCUGUAAACGCAGAAGGAAUGCACCAUAUCGCCGCCUGCACCUACAUGCCGCGCUGCACCGGCCGCAUGAUCGACUGGUGGUUUGGUUGGAUCCACGACACUGCGCAGUAUCAGCUCUGGCAUCCUAACGACCACGUUUUUUCCGAUUGGGAGGGUCCCCGGGACAACAAUUCCACGUAUAUUGGCGGCCAUCAUUUAGUGCAAGAGUACAUCGGCGGGCAUUUAGCUAAGCUGAAGAUCUCGUUUCGCGACCCUGCCGAGUAUUUUGGAGACAGCUGGAAGGAAGAUUUCGCUGCUGCAGGCUAUGUAACAGCAGUGUGUGGGAGGGUGGGUAAUUGGACCCCAGAGACGGGAGAGGUGCUGUAUACUGGACAUUUGAUCCAUUUGAUUAAGGAGGAGCGGAUUGGAUGUCGGAUGCGCUCGCAUUUUUGGCUAGGUGACAUAGAGGGAGUUAUUGAUCCCGCACAGAGGGCGGCGGGAGUGCCAGACUUUUUGCCGAAGGGGUUGUGCCAGCAUGCUACUGAGGAAAUGGCUAUUUUGGCUUCUAUCCUUCCCGAAUUAUAUAGCAACGGUUUGUGCAAAGACCAGAUGGCGCCACACAUCGACCACGAUUUGGGAUCUUUUGCCUCCAAUGAACCUAUUCCAAUUGAUGUCCCGGUGCUUAUUGUUGGUGGCGGACCUGCAGGCCUCUUACAAGCACAUUGUCUAUCUCAGCUUGGAGACGACACAAUGAUGACAAUACAUUUCAACGCGAAUCUUCGCUCAAUUGUUGACAAAGUGGGCAUGCUUCAUUGGAUUAUGGAUCCGGAGGUCUCUGGCUUCAUUAUCGCAUAUGAUCUUAGUGGAAACCAAGUAUUGAUCUGCAAUUUCGAUUCUAAGAAGCACCCAGUGGAGAAUUGGAACGAAGAACAUUGCCGGAAGGUAGUCACUGCCGCAAUCGGCAAGUCAAUUUUAUUCGACAUCCUUAGCUGGAGACCAUGGAUACUUAGCCGCAAGGUUGCCAAGAGCUACCGUGUUGGUAAUGUUUUUCUCGCUGGAGAUGCUGCCCACUCGUUUCCACCUACAGGCGGUUUGGGGCUCAACUCCGGCCUAGCAGACGUGCACAACCUCGCCUGGAAAAUUGCCGCCUAUCACCAAGGCUGGGGCGGCGACAGCCUCCUCAGCACGUAUCAAUACGAGCGGCGCCAAGUCGCACUUGUGAACUCGCAGCAAAGCGUCAAAAACGGCAUUAAGAUUUUUAAUCUGCUCAAAUCCCUUGGAACCACCGACGCAGACCUUCAAAGGGCUAAAGAGAACCUCUACCACCGGAUAUCCGACCCAAAAACAAAAGAGAGCGUCCUUGAAGGUAUUGAAAACCAGCGCGAACACUUCGAUAACCUCGGUUUGCAUAUAGGAUAUGUGUACGGCAGCACCGACAUCCCCAGCUGCGCAUCAACGUACAGGCCAGCGUUUGCCCCUGGUGCGAGACUUCCGCAUGCAUGGGUCACCCAUAUCCCGUCCUCGAUUCCGAAACUGCCGCCAAUCGACUCCUCAUAUGUCACAGAACUGCAGCCCGAGGAUGUCAGACGCAAAGAGUUUUCAACCCUCGACCUCUGCGCUCUUGAUGCUUUUACUCUUAUCGUAGACAGCAAAUCACUGUUUCGUUGGACUCAAGUAAUUGACGGAGUUCUCGCCCAGCUGCCGAGCACACUAAGAAUCAACGUCCUAGCUCUUGGCAAGGACUUUCACCUCGUGCCUAGCGCACAAGGUGAGGAAUGGGUAGAAGCACUGCAGUUAGAAGACGGCAGUACUGUGCUUAUUAGACCCGAUCAACACAUUUUGCGGACGUUUAAGGGAGAGACGACGACCCAACUAGUUCUAAGUAGUUUAAAGGAGUGUCUAGGCGUUUAAUUAGUAGGAUUUUUUAAUGCAUAGUAG